CAAUUCAAUCCCCUGUUUCCCCUAUAUUUCCACCAUGGCAGAACCUGUAGUAGAGGGAGCCGCCAGGCUUAACACGCAGCAUAUCAUCAAGAUGUCGCCUCCCCUUGACUUCUCCAUUCCCUACGACGUAGCCUGGGUCAAAGACCGCGUGAUUCUGAUCACGGGCGGCGCGUCCGGCUUCGGUGCUGCCUUCGUACGCAAAUGGGCCACCAACGGCGCAACCGUCAUCAUGGGCGACAUCAACACCGACGGCGGCAGUAAGCUCGCGGCCGAAGUCAACUCCUCCGUCGGCCGCACAGCAGUCUACUUCAUUCACGCCAACGUGCUCGACUGGCAGUCCAUGGUCUCGUUCUUCAAGAAGGCCGUCGAACUCUCCCCAACAGGCGGCAUCGACACCGUUGUGGCAAACGCCGGCAUUGCGAACGUCGACCCCUUGCUCACCCCUAAAAACCUAGACGCUGCGGAGCCUCCCCCACCAGAUCUCCGCAUUGCCCAGAUCAACUACUUUGGCGUGCUGUACACCGUCCACUUGGCCCUAUUCUGGCUCCCGCGCAACCCGACCUCGAACCGCCACGUUGACCUUACCACACACCCAACGACUCGCGGACCUCGUGAUCGCCACAUCUUGUUGCUGGGUAGCAUGGCAAGCAUCGGUCCUCUUGCGCCACAGCCGCAGUACACGUCUUCCAAGCAUGCUGUCCUCGGUCUCUUCCGCGCGCUGCGCUCAACGUGCUUUGUCUCCGGCAUCCGGAUCAAUAUGGUGUGCCCGUACUUCAUCGACACACCCAUCGUGCCUGUAGCCGGCCGCAUUGCCUUGGCAGGUGGCGCCACUGGAAAAGUCGAAGAUGUCGUCGACGCUGCCUCGCGGUUCGUCAGUGACCCACGGGUUGUCGGACGUGCGAUUGUCGUUGGUCCGAAGGUCAAGUUGCAGCAGAACGAGACUACUGGAGAGUUUCAACUAGUGCAGAAGGGUGCUGGGAAGGACAUUCCUGAACAAGCGCUGUGGGAGGCGUAUGCGGACGACUGGGAGGAUACGGAGCUGAUGAGCAAGAACUUUUUGGAGAUCCUGCAUGCGAUUGAGAAGGUUAGAGGCUGGGGCGGAUGGGCAUACGAUAUCGUGAUGGCUUUACGUUACGGGGUACGGCAGGCAAUAUAUGGGAAGGGGAAAUAAG